CACUCAUUGAUAAUCAAAAUUUCAAACCUUCAUCGUUGUCAAACAAACUCAACUUGAAAUUCGUGAAAUUCGCAUCAUUUUAUUCAUCAAGUUAUUCAUUCAUAUAAAUUAUAGUUUUCGUUUUAUUGCAAUCUGGUGAAGAAUACACGGUUCGUAGAAUCCUUAAGUUUGAAUAUUACGUAUGGAAGUGCUAAACUUUGAUCACCCGAAAAUGGAACAACCCAACAUCGUUUUGAGCCAAUGCCGCUUCUGCUUGAAUGUCACCGCACAGAACAACCUGUUUCCGAACUUCGACGAUCGCAAAAACAAAUCACUGUAUGCUUUUGUGCAGCGGGUCUUGUCCCAAGAGACAAUGGCGGGACCUCAUCACGUCUGUUGCGAUUGCAUUUCGAUGUGGCAUAUGAUUCAAGAAUAUGUCCAGGCGUGCGUCAGUGCGCACCAGAUUCUGCAGGUGGGCACGUCCAUGACAUUGAGAAAAUCAUGGUUGCGGAACCAAAACGAAAAUCGGAUGCUGGACUUGGUUUAUGAAAGAGUCCGAAAACUAAACGAGGAAAUGGAGGUGCUCCGGAAGACGGUGACGCGUGCUCCACGAGUUUACGGGAAGAAACCGGCGAAUACAGUACUGACAGUGCAUGGAAUGCAACAAGAAAUGGUACAGCGAAAAGGGAGCCGGCAGCAGCAGGUGGUUAAUAAUAUCAAGCAGGAGGACGAGGUAGAGAUCGAUGAUUCCGACGCAUUUCAUUCGAAUGAUCCGAUUGAAGCUCGGAGGAAAGAUCAGGCGGAUCCAUUGGCUGUGGAGGUGGAACUACAUAAUCUCGCCCCAAGGGCGACAGGUGAACCGGUAGAAGAUGCGGUCACAAUUAUUGAACCGAAGAUCGAUCAGGUAGAUCUCGUGGACAGCAGCAGCGAGGAGGAAGAUGAUGAUGACGAUGAAGAUGAAGAGGAGUUCGAGUCCGAGGAGGACUGUUAUCCCUCGGGGGAGAAGAUGAAAUUCGACGAGUACGUGCUGAAAACCGUUUGUCAACUGUGUGGAACCAGAACCAGAGAUAUGGCGAAUCAUUUGGAAAUCCACAUCAAGGAUCCGCCAAGUAUAGCCAAAACUGCGAUGGAAUCGGACAGUAGCACAAGCAGUAAUGGGUUGAAGCGGAGGAAACGGCCAAGGAAGCCGUUUGUGGUUCAGAAACCUCCGGAACCGCCCCCGCUCCAAGUCAAUUCGUUGAAGUGUCAGUUUUGUGGAAUCGAAUUCACCAGCAUGCUGGCUGCGAAACUUCAUGCCCGGUCACAUGGGGCGAAUUGGUGAGCGAGCUACACUUACUGAGAAUGGCAAUGUAUUUGAGAGAUGUAUUUUAUUUUAUUUUAAGACUAAGAAAUCUUUCCCACGAGAUAAGUAGGAAAAACUAUGAUCUUUAAUAUUAUCUUAUUUCAUAGGCUUUUUACAAACAUUGAAUAAAGCUAAUUUGAAACGAUAUUUAAAAA